UUUCAAAAUAUAAUCCAGCAUUCUCCUCUACUUAAACAACAUUCAUUACCUCCAUCAAACUCAGAUCAACUCAUUCCAUCUCACAUUACCAUCGAUUAAUUAAAAAUCUCAUCCACAAAUAAUCAGUCUACAAUAACUUAUCAGUUCUACGUACGAAAUGCUCACACCGAAACUCGUGGAAUACAUAUCACCAUAUGUUCCAAUUCAAGUGAUCACCGUCAUCUCCGUUCUUGGUUUAACGUUCGAAAGAAUAGUGUUUCCGAAAUUUCAACAAGUUUAUGCCAAUGCUAGUUUAGAUCCUAAUACACUUUUACCAUUUAUCAUCUCAAUGAUUGUUUUAUACUUAUCUAUGAUUUCAAUUUAUCAUACCAUCAAAGCCACUGCAAGAUUAGUUUGGUUUGGAAUCAAAUGGAGUAUUCUGAUUGUUGGAUUAUGGUUCUUAUUAGGAUUUGCUAAUCAGUUUGGUCAUCAACAUUCAAAUCAUUCUAAUCAAACUUUAUCUUGGUGGUCUGAUUCAAAUCAUUGGAACUGGCUUAAUUUUUAUAAAUCAAAUCCAUCAACAUUAAAUCCAUUGAAAUUGUUCAUCUUACAAAGUUUACCGAACCUUUUGGAUCCAAUGAGUUUCUUUGAAUCGGUUUUUUCUUUUGCUCAACCUGCUUCUACUUCUUCUGAUUCAAAUUCAAAUUCAAAUUCAGAUACUUUUUUUAAUUUUCCAAAAACAAAUUCAAAAAAGAAAACUUCAAGUAAAUCAUCAUCGUCUAAUAAUAAUAAUAAUGAUAAAAUAAAUCAAGUUAGUGAAAAGAUGAAACAAUUUGUGGUACAAAACGUUAAAGAACCAUUAGUGAUGAUGUUAAAAGAAAUUAAAAGUAAAAAUGAUCAAAAUGGAAAAGGAUCAAAAACAAGAAACCGAUAAGAAAAAAAAACUUAUCAAUGGUCAAUUGUCGAUAAAUAUUUUAUAUCUCAUUUUUGUUUCCAUUUUUGUUUUUUGUUUUGUAAAAUCAGUCAUUAAAGGAAGGUUUCUUUUUCUUUGUGUGUGGAUUUUUUUGGAGGGCAUUUCAGUGUUUGAUAAAAAAAAUUGUGUAGAGUGUGAAUAUGAUGAUUUUGAUUUUUGAAAACAAGUGUGAAUAGUAAAAUUGAAUUUUUUGUUUGAAGUUGUAGAUUCAAAAUUCGUUUAAAUUUGAAAGGGAUCAAAAAAUGGCAACUU